UUAUAAGACUAGGGCAACUUCUAGUUCUGGAAAGAAACAAGUUUCUACUGAAUCCUCUGAAUCUGAAAAGGUGGUUGAUGAUGUUUCCAUCAAGGUAUUUCAUUUUUGUGUUUUUUGAAAUUUUAUUUCUUGUUGAUAUGUUGAUUUGUUGUUGAUGUGUUGUUGAUAUUCUGUUGACUUGUGUUGACUUGAACAGGCACCUAAGACUAGGUCAACCCCUGGUUCUUCAAAGAAAAAAUCUUAUACUGAAAGCAGUGAAUCUGAAAAAGUGUUGGAUGAUGGUUCCAUCAAGAUUUGGUCUCCUCGUUGGAAACUUGGAGACAUUCCUACCACAAGGGUUGAUCAUUGUCUGAAGUAUAAUGUUGUUGAUCAGUUGAGAAGCAAUUUGUCGGAAGGACAGCUGGAAUUGUUCAAGCAAACAUGUUUCGGCUUUGUUUUGGAAAUGCCCCCAUGUUUGUUUCAAGGGCAGGUUAUACAUUCUUUGUUAGCGAGGCAGCUUAUUCAUCCAAAACAGAAUGAGAUGUGGUUUGGUGUUGGUGAGCAUAAAGUCAGAUUCAGCAUUGAAGAGUUUGCAGUUUUAACGGGACUGAAUUGUACUGGUGAAAUUCAGAAGGUAGGCUUUGAAGAUUCAGGCAAUUCGUUUGUUGAUAAGUACUUUUUCGGGAAGACGAAGGUUAAUAGGCAGUCUGUCAUUGAGUGUUUACUGUCGAAGCGAUGGCAGUCUGAUGAAGAUGCUGUCAGAAUUGCUUUUUUGUAUGUGCUGGAGAUUUAUUUUCUGUCUGCGCUUGAUUCUAAUCUUGUCAAUGGUCAUCAUUUGGAUGUAAUAGCUUUUGAGGACUAUAACUGUUACCCAUGGGGUAAAGAAAUCUUUUCUUAUACCCUGAACAGUUUGAAGACCAAGGACCUUUUAAAGAAGACUAAAAAAGAAGGGUAUUGCAGAUUGCUUGGGUUUCCUAUUAUUUUGCAGUAUUUAUUUUACGAGUGUUUCCCUUCUGUUGACGGUAAGAUAUGUAUGCUUGUGGGUAACAAAGUGCCAAGAUGCUUGAAUUGGACUUCAAGCGAAACUCCUGCCGUGAUCGAUUUGGAAACUGAUUUUUAUAAUCAUGGAUCAAAGCUUAAGUUUGAAAGAAUUGUACCUUCUGCGGAUGAGAAAAGAGUUUUAAUGCUGAAUGGCUUUUUUGCCUCUGAAAAGAAGAAGGGCAGUAUCCAGAAAGCUCAUACCGAUGACGAUGAUGAUCUUGCUGCUGUUAAUGAUGCGAAUGACCAUUCUUUGUCUUCUGCAUCAACACAAAAUCAACAGCAUAUCAACAGUCUGUCAAAGAGGGUUGGGAAUAUUGAAAAGCAGCUGAAAAGUGUUAUUCUUCAGCAGUCUGAGAUCAAGAAGGAUCUGAAAUCCUAUCAUGAUGAUAUUGAUAAUGGUAUGAUUGAAAUACAAGCUGUUUUGAAAGAUUUGGUCACCAAAAUGGACCGUUAUAUUGAAAAGUCAGAAAUUAUUAAGCGUGUUGACGAUAAGGAUGAUCGUGGUCGUAAAAGUGAUUCUUCGUCGGAAAGUGAUGACGAUAAUCAGAAUAAAGAUAAUGAUCUUAAUAAGGCUGAAGAUCUUUCUGCUUUGGAUAAUGAUCAGGAAGAAGAAGAUAAAUCUGUGCAAGGUGGUGAAAGGAAGAUUGAAGAAGCUACGGACGAUGUUUCCGGGGUUGAUGUUGAUACAAAUUUGAACAUGAAUGAGGUAUUUGUGGUUUUUCAUUGUAUUUAAUGUGUACUAUAUUAUUGUUCUUAACUGUUUAUACUUGUUAAAAAUUUUGAAGGGAGAAGAUGUUUUU